AUGACGUUAGCAACCGGAGGCCGCAACAGAUUGACUCCUCAUGGGCUUCAAUUCGGUGCAAUUGGUUUCCGAUUUGGAGUUCAUUUUUGGAAGAACAUCGGAGAAUUUUUUCCGGUUGGUCUAAAUUCUGCUCAUUGUGGGUGUCGAGGUGUUCUUGUAGGGCAUGGUGGGUUCUCCUUUGGUUCUGAUAGGUUUUGUUCUGGUUUGAUUGAAGGUUUCCUGUGGACAAGUUCUCUUCUAAUUCGAUUGAAGGCUUGCUAUUGGUUUUCUUCUAGUUCUAAAAGGUUCUUUGUCUGCACAUUUGGUUCUCUUUUGUCUUUUCUCGCCAUCAUGUAUGUGCUUUGCUUCCGUAUGAGAUCCGUGGUGAUUGUUCCUCGUCUGAAAUCACAACUUCUUCUCAUGGGUAUUGAGGAAAUCUUGCGGCAUCCAUUGAAUGCAUUAAGGGUGUGCCUUCCAUCCAUAGUAGAGGAAUUUCUUGGGCAGGCCAAAGCAGCUCGGCUUUUUUCUUUUUCUGAGACCUUUGUUCUUGAUGGUUUGCUGGAAUCCGAACUUUCCAGGGCUUUUGGUGGAGUAGAAAGGCUUGACAUGUUCUUCCCAUUUGACCCAUGCUUAUUGAAGAUGUCUGACAGAUUCAUCCGGCCAAUCUUCAUUUACUGGUCAUUGGUCAGGCCUAAUUAUUUUGGUGGCGAAGAUGAUGAAUUAAGCAGUGAUGAAGAUGUUGCCGAGGAUCGGUUUUAUAGAAACAAAAUGAAUGUUGAGGGUGGUAUAACUGGCACAAGCUUUGACGAGGAUGAUGGAAUCGGCAGAAGUUUUGAGGAGGAUGAUCCUGAUCUUGAUGAAUUUGACUAUUCACUGAACAAAAUGUCCAUAACACCCAAGAAUUCCCUGAAUUACACGUUCGAAGGUCAACUACAGCGACGUAUGCAGAUGCCCUCUAGAAUUAGACCCUCCACAAGUCCCGAGUCCUUGUGA